CUUGCGUAUGCACUGAAGUUCUCGGAGUUGGGUUCAGCCGCCAUUGUUUCCCCAUGAAGUGAUCAGUGUCUCGAGUUUUGUAUAUUUUAGAAGUUGAUUGUGUAUACGCCACUGAUUGGACUAUCAAACACUCGAACGUAAUUUAUUGACAGUUCAGUUUAAAAGACUUUGCGCGAAGAAAGAAGAAGAGUGCAUAAAUUAGGUGAUGUCUGCAGGCGUGUCAGACCAGCGGAUGAAAGGACAAGGGAAUCAAGUGACAAAUGGCCCAAAGGACCACGUAGGUGAACAUGAGGAUUUUGAUUCAUGGAGGACCCAACAUCAUCAGGGUUACAACACCCCCAUCUCGACGUCGAUGGCUUCGGAUCCGUACAGCAUGUCAAACUACUAUGGAACAUCCUUCCCUUAUCAGGCAUUUGGUGUAGGAGAUGGGACAUGGUCAAAUGGAGGCGAUCCCAUGACUUUCCUGGGCGGAUAUGGGGGACAAAUAGGACACGACUCUUAUGGCAUGGAUGGGAUGUUUGGGGGAGGGGGUGGUGGCUUUGGAACAGCAUUUGGACAGCCAGCAGCAGCUGCUGCUGCUGCCGCAGCAGGUUUCAAUUAUUUCCAUGGAAAUGGUGAUUAUUCGACAUGGGGCAACUCUGCCGCCAUGUCUAGGAAACCCCAUUAUGAUGACUACUAUCGAGGUGGAGAUGGGAUGUAUGGUGCGGCAGCUGGCGUGGGCAGCUCAGCAGGUGGGGGAGUGGACGGGCUUAAAGCAGUGGAGCAGGGCAUGCAGGGAUUGGGACUGUCAGAUGUGGCUGGUGGGAAUGGGGGAGUGACUCAGGGGGUGAUGAAAGUAGUGGAUGGUAAAGACUUGUCUAAACAGCAGCAGGAUGUGCCUGGGGGCAGCAAGAUAAGUGGCAUGGACACGGGGGUUGGUGUGGGUGGGGGGAUGGUGGCGGUGCAGACCAAUGUUGCACCGGCCCCUCCACCACCCAAGAAGAUGACAUGGGCAUCCAUUGCAAGUCAGCCUGCAAAACCACAGCCCCAAGUGACUUCAAGCGGUAUGAAGAAGAAGGGCCCAGGCAUGCCUCCUCCACCCAUGGUGCCUGGCAAACACAAUAUGGACAUCGGAACCUGGGAAGGAAAGAAUGGAGGUGCCAACUCGAUCAGUGGGCCUAAACAGCCUGUCGGCCCUCCUCCCACAGCAAGGCCCACUUGGAGUGGUCCAGUGAGAGGGGGUGGGCCAAGAGGGACAGGGGGCCCUCCAGGGGGUGGAGCAGGUGGAUAUCCUCCUGCAGGAGCUCCGCCACAUCACCACCCAAGUCAUCAUCCUGGUCAGGUGACCAUUCUUACAGGACCACAUCAUCCUCAUCACCCCCAUCACCCUCAAGGGAGUGGGACUGGGGCACCUCCCCCACAUCAUCUGCAGCAGCAGCCCCCUGGCCCUCACCCUGGCAAUGUAAUGGUUCCCACGCCAUUACCCUCCCAUCCUGUGCUUGAUGAACUUCGUGUCAAGAACAAUUACAACCCACCAGACUUUGACUUGUCAGCCAAAGGGGCACGCUUCUUUGUGAUAAAGUCUUACUCAGAGGAUGAUAUCCAUCGUUCCAUCAAGUAUGACAUCUGGUGCUCAACUGAGCAUGGCAACAAGAGGCUGGAUCAGGCGUUCCGAGAAUGCGAAACUAAAGGUGGUGGGGGCCCUGUUUACCUCUUCUUCUCUGUGAAUGGGUCAGGACAUUUCUGUGGAAUGGCACAGAUGGUGUCGCCAGUGGACUACCAUGCCUCAAGCUCGGUCUGGUCUCAAGACAAGUGGAAGGGACAAUUCCGCGUACGCUGGAUUUAUGUCAAGGAUGUCCCGAAUGUUCAGCUGCGGCACAUCAGGCUUGAAAACAAUGAGAACAAACCUGUGACUAAUUCGCGGGACACGCAGGAAGUGCCGUUUGAAAAGGGAAAGCAAGUACUUCGUAUUCUUCAUGGGUAUCGCCACUCCACUUCGAUAUUUGAUGACUUUGUACAUUAUGAGAAACGUCAGGAGGAGGAAGAUAGCCGUAAAGUGGUGCCAGAUGUGGGCGGUCCUGGAGGAGGUCGGGGUGGAGCCCCCCCACAACAAGGACAGCAGUCCAGUGGUGGUCCAGGCUCUGGUGGUGGGGAAAGAGGAGGCAGUCAUCAUGGGACAGGAAUGCCACCACAACAGAAGGAGCGUGAUGGCGGUGGCAGGGGUCGAGGAAGGGGGGGAAGAAAUUAACAAGGAGAUCAUCCCCCUUAGCUUACUUCAAUUAUAUACCACAUUAUGUAACAGUUUUGAUUUAAGGAAUUCUGUACUAGAGGGUGAAUUUUCUUCUUCAUUAUUAUUAUUUUUUUUUAAUUUUGUUCUAGAAGAAACAUGUGUAUGGACUUUGUGUGUAGAGGAAAGGUGUUCUGAGAAUUUGCAUAUUUACACAUCUAACUAAUGAUUGUUUCCACUGUCACAUUUCUGUAAGGAUGAACUUGCCACUGUAAAACCUUGGAAUCAUUUUUGUGGCUGUUUCCUCAAGGUCAUCUUUAUGGAAGUGUGGUUUCCCUCGGAUGCUAUCCCACUCCCCCUCCCACCCAUGUUGAUUCCCACACUUUUUUAAAUGUAUGUAAUGGUACCAUCCUUUCUUUGCUUCUUGAGUCGUGGGUCACGUGCAGGCACGGUGUGUGAAGUAUUUCUCCCUGCUAGGAUAAAUGCAAUGGACAUUAAGUAUGGCACCAAGGAACCUUUAUUUAUUUAGAAAAUUGAGUUUGAAAGUGUAUUAUUCAGUCAUGUUUGGGAAGAGAUCACUGUACUGCUUUUUUGUAGUUGCAGGAUGAACUGAAAUUUGUGACCACAGAUUGCACUUUGCAUCCACAGCUCUUCAGAGGAAGGGAUAUGCUGGCUGAUAUGCACAGUCUAUGCAUUUCUGUCGUAUUUCAGUCCUAAAAGAGAAGCAGGUGAAAUGAUCUGCAAAAGAGAGUUGUAAAAUGCUUUUGUAAUCACCACUUACUAGCGGAGAGUACCUUUAGGACCUUAUGUAAGCAUCCAGGGGCCCUGAAUGUGGUUCAGUUUCUGUUGGAAUAUAUAUGACUUAAUGCCCAGGAAUUCAAUUUUAAUGCUGAAUUGUGUAACGAUUUCACGCGCGAGCAUGGCAGGGUGGAGCUGCAUCAGACACCAACCCCCACAGAGCUGUAGAUGCUGAGACGCAUUACCUUUCCUGGUGUUUUACUGUUGCCAGAGUUGAAGCAAAUGGCUGGUUCCAAAACAUUAUAUAUGUCUCAACAUCCCAAAAAGUUGUCAUUUGUAUCUGUGUGCAUUUUGAACUGUUGUAGCGCUAAAUAUUGAAGGGUACUACAAAAGGAAGAAAUUUAUUUCUGUAAUGAUGGCUUCUAUACCUGCUCCGCAAGACAGGUAGAUGGAUACUUUGUACGUCAUUUUCUCCAUUAUUCGGGCUACGUGCUGCAUUUUAAUGUUGUCUUACAGUACAACUGUUUGGCUCAACAGAUUGUGGUAGAUGCAGAAACCCCCCACUCCUUUCCCUCCAUUUUUUUUAGUCUGCACACUUUAUAAAGAUUUGUGACAGUGUUGUGUGUUACAGAUUUUCUUUCGGUAACUUGCUCUCCUCAUGAUCAUAUUUUCAAGAGGGCUGUGGUUCUAGUGACAUUUCAUACUGUUCGUUUGUGAACGCAAUGAACAGAAAUUCAAAAACUGGAGAAACAGUUUCUUAACAACAGAGUUUCUUCCUCAGAUUUGAAGUUCUGGCUCCUUGACGUGUUCAGUAGCUGACAAGCUUUUUCUGCUUCAAAAGUGACAUAAGGAGCAAGUUUCUGAUAGCAGUUUAUGCAUUUUGCAUACUCUGGCAGCUGGCCUGUAGAAUAAACAAAAAAUGUGGCAUUGUCACCAGUAUGUUGUUGCCUCUUAUGGCGUCCUCCUUAUGUUGUCUGCAUCACAUAUUUUAAAAGUUCUUUUGUUCACAGUGCCACAUUUUUGUUUUUCAUAAACCAAAAGAGUGUUCAGGUUAUGAAGAAAUGUUUGCAGAAUUUUGGAUUUAAACCUGAUACUUAGCAUCAUUGCCACUCCAUGUACAUUUUUCAGCUUUCCAUACAAGUUCAUAGGUAUUAUGAUUCAUAUUACUGUGGACUGAGGUCCAUAAGAUAGUCAUAGGUUUGUGAGUCGCUGUCAUGACAGAUUUACAUGAGGUUUGAGCUUCAUAGUGGUAAAAAUCUAGACUGUGGUCUUCGAGAUUAUGGUGCCCCAUAGUCUGAUAGGUGGACACUGACAUUUCAGAAGAACCUCUUACGCCAAGGUUGACAGCUUCUACUGUAGGUGAAGGCAUGAUCUUCUGAAAUGUUGGUAACUGCACGCACGACUAUACAGUGUCACAAUUUAGAAGACCACAAUCAAACGUGAGUCACAUUCAUGAGGUGUAUAUAGUUCUUGCAGCAAUGGAUGUUAAGGUAUGGUCCUCUAAGGCGUGACACCAUGUUGUUCGAUAGAAAGUUAACAGAUGUUUUGGAGAAACCUGCUAUUAUUUUCUUCUGGGUAAAAGAGUGAAGUUGAAGCAGGCAGUUUCCACUGAAUGUUGGUAUUUGUCUACCAAAAUUACAAAAUAUAAAAUGCUAGAAGUUAAUCUCAGGUUAGGUUUGCUGUACAGUUUCUUUGCUUUCAUACCUAUGUUGCGAUUUUGUUACCUGAUUUAAUCAUGUCAGAUGACACCCAAUUACAUGGCCCAAGUAUGCAUUAUGAAACAGGGAAGGUGCUCUAUGUUGUAAAGAUGGUGGGCAGGCAAUUUGACAGACAUACAAGUGCUUGGGGUUUAUUUUAAGGAGUUCUAUGUUGUACUGUAAUGUAUUGAUGUAUGAACCUCUAAUGCACUUGUAUCGGGUACAGUGUGUUCUGCAUGCCAAGUUCUGUUGACACAGGAUGAGCAAUGACUACACAAACCCCACCUUCCUUUGGUUCAGGUACGCUGAUGUAGUAGUUGUGUAUUAUGUGACUCAGUCUUGUACACAUAAUUCUGUAGCACUUGGUCAUUCACGGAAAUUAUUCUUGCAGCACCUAGUAUUCGGCUUCAGUCAUCCACAGCAGUAAGGAUACUUCUCAGUUGUAGAUCCAAGUGCAUGAAUUAAAUUGUGAUUUCAAUGUGCCAUUUUGAUAACAUUGCACAUUAAUUUCAUAUGUUUAUGUAUUUUUACAAUGCACAACAUGAGUACCUGUAGGUGUACUCAGCCCUUAAGAAGACAUUGAGGAAUUUUAUUCCAAAGUUUGUUGAAAAAGUGAACCCCCCCCACAGGUGUCCUGUUGUAUGAUAGUCUUCCAGUUAGUUCCCUGACAUAUAUCCUGAAACAUUUAGCUUAUCUCUGUAGUAGAUAGCAGAUGUUCAUGCAUAAUUUUCGUGUCUUGAAGGUCAAGCUUGUAUUCUUUUGUGGCAUAUAAGCAGUGUUUCACACCUGUGAAAAGAAAUUUUGUUAUGUAUAAGGUCUUAGGUAAAUUUGAAAUUGUGUUGUAUUUGCUUCAUUUUGGUGUGUCAUUUGGUAUGAAUAUUUGAGGCCAAUUUACCUAAUGCUUUUGAGCAUCUUUCAAGAAAGUAAUUGACCCAGCUGAAGUUGUGAUUAUUUGCCAUUGUCUUGUCAUGAACAAGAAGGGGCACAGAGCCCCAAGUAAUGCAGCAGCUCUAUAUAUGUCAGUAUUGUAGUCAGGGCUGCUCUCAGGCAAUGUGGGCAUGGAGCCAAGUAUGAUCUUGGGGCCCUUCUGUUCACUUUCAAUUUUAAGAAAAAUACAUUUUGAUACCAACAUUUAUUAUUAUAUCAGAAGUGAAGAGGAUAGGAAGGGAUUUAAAAACAUAAACAUAAAAUAGAUGGAAGAAUUACUUGGAACUUGCUGUUCCAUAAACUAACAAUUUGCAGAUAUAUUCUUGAGAUAUUUGGUAAUAAUUUGGGCAAGUUUAAGCAUGUGGUACAGGUGCCCAUUUGCCCAUUGGUGGAAGUGUGUGCCUCAUAGGGCCUUCAUUCUGAUAGGUGCUGUACUUUGGUAUGUUUUUAAGUCUGUCAUGCACGGACAGAUCGUGGUGUGGCUGUGGUUUAUGCUAUUGGACAUCUGCCAGUAUACCAGAAUGCUAAUUUCGUUCAUAACCUCAUGUUGUAUAUUUGUGAAUUGUAUAAAAACAUUAUUGACUUGUACUGGUUGAAAUGAUUUGAUUGGUGGAGAGGCAUUGUGUUUAGGAGCCACUGAAUGGAUGAAGCCUCUGCUUGCAGCCAAUCAGAUGACCACUACUUAUGCUGUAUAGUAUGAAAGGGAUAUCUAAAAAGAAAACAGAAUUCACCCUGUUUAAUUAACUUUUGUGUUUGUAUGGUAAGCUCCCACUGGUCUGGUUGUUGGCCACUGUCCAGUAAAUAAUCAAGGGAUGGCAGGAACAAUACAGACUAAUACUACGCAAGUGUUGUUAGCUAUGAGCUGUGAUGGAUUGUUUUUUGCUUUCUUUCUGUCAAGUGUAAUGGAUUUGCGGCGCAUACUCAGCGGAAUCGGCAGGCAUGAAGAACUGUUGUGUCGUGUAUUGAAGAAAUGGACCAUAGUGCACUCUUUUUCUUUUAACUAGAUUAUUGUCUGGUAAGAAGCGAACCGUCGCGACAGUAAACAUGACAGGUUAAAUCCGAAAAUGGAAUUCAAGAAACCGUUGUUUUUUUAAUGGAACUUAAAAAGAGUUACUCUGCAUAUUGACUCUGCUGCAAGAAGAAACAAUUAACAAGUGUGUAGUGAUACCUUGUUUCAAAACUUCUUUUUUAUCUCAGAUUUUUUCCACGAUUACUUCACAACUACAUUUAUUUAAUGUUCUUGUUUUCUUUCGGAGUUUGGACCGUUUAAAAAGAAAAUAACAUUAUUAGUGAACAGAUGAAACAAACAUGAAAAAAAAAACAUUUUUGGACUCGGAAAGAAUUAAGACUGCAGUGAAAAUUAAUUAAAAUGAUAAUUUUUAAGGGAGUAUGUACUUGAACGAGAAGAAGUUGGCAAUAGUGCUGAACUCACAGGACAUCAUCUUUUCUUUAAAAAAAUGAACUUUCUGAAAAGUUGUCAUACUGUUAACUUUGAAAUGGACCUCAAUCAAUUGGUAGCGGACAUUACAAUAAAGAAGCGGUGUGUGUGUGUGUGCGCGAGUGCAUGAUUGUGUUUUGUUUUGAUUUUUGGCGGGUUUGGGCUAUGUUCAGUCAGGUGCAGUAAGAUCUUAGUGACAACUGAAGAAGAUGAAGAAUCAGAAGAAAAAUAUUGCUAAAAUGAAAUUUCAGCAAUGGUAUUAGUAUUUAAAAAGCAAAUUGUUAAUAGAAUUGGAAUUUUUCAUUCAAAGCUGCCAUCUGUUGGCUUAACACUAGUACCUUGAGGUAAGGCUUCUGAGGAUAAUUUUGGGUGACGACCAUGGUGUAUUCCUUAAUGCCGCAAGUAUGGAAAUUGUUGUUAGCAUUGUCACCUUUGUAUUAUGUGAACAAUGAUUGCGAAUCAUGGUCUUUCUUUGUGCGUGUACAAAACUUUGUCCAUUUUUUAGUCCAUUUCUGUGUGUGAAAGUAAAAUGCCUUCAUGUUUCUCAGUUAUUUCUAGUAAUAUUGCAUUAUGUAGUGAAGAGAGAUACUGCUUAUUGUGUUUUGAAAGAGUGGGAUUAUGGUAUUUAAAAAGUUAUUGGGUCAGUAGAUACAAAUUUAGUACUUCUAGUUGAUCUGCAUUGUGAAUCACACAUGUUCUCUUGGUUAACUACAUGUCCCAGGUGCUAGCUGUGGUGUUUAAUUUCAUUUCUUCACUCUUUGGAAAGUUACUAAUAUCAUUCUUCCAUGUUACAAAUUUUUUUCUUAAAAAGUGGACAAAGUUCAGGGGAUCCGACUAGUGGGAAAAUAUUGUUGAUAGCUAAAUAAAAGCAUCAAUUAUGAAAAUCAGUUGACACAGUAA